AUGCCAACGGACGACUACUUGGAGCUUCAAUCUGACUACUAUCAAGUGUACGAUGUCGCCUGUGAUAUGGUGACACAUUUGGAGAGAACUUCCAGAGGGGAUAAGUGUUCAUCCUCCAUUGUAGCCGAGUUGCGGCAAAAAGUCACGACAACGAAUGAGGAAGCCGAGAAAAGAAUGGUCCGAAAAGGAGUACCGCCAAGAAGAGGACGAUCCUUGACCGAAAGAAAUCGUCGAACGAAUCUCCGCAAAUGUGAGUCCCUGCACACAGUUCCCAUCGAUCCACAAUCACCGCCAAGAGAUCCAGGUCCAACGCCCUCCUCAUCUGAACCAUUGGUGACCGACUUGAUGUUGUCGAGAAUCUCGAAUUUUCUCCUCCAAUCUCCGCAAAGUCGCACUUCAGCUCUACUCUUGCAGGCGCUCAGACAGCAAAUCAGCGUCUCUUCGUGCAAAAUGUACGCGAAGAAAUCGAUCGAUUUGAUGAUCGAACGGGAUAUUUUGCUGUUGAGACAUCGGAAAACGUCUGUGACUGGGACGAUUUUCCUCGGCUCCGAGUCGAACGGUUUGGAGAGUCGCGAACAGUUGGCUCGUUUCGUCAACGCCAUCGCCUCGUUUAAAGUGGGUCGUGAUUAUCUGCUCUCAAUCGGACAAGGAAAAGAGUUGAUGGGGCAAAUUUUGGGAUGCUUGCGAACGAAAAGAAUUCACUCGCAAACACAGGAUAACCUUUUGGCGACUUUGCAGAAGUUGAGCAUACGCUCACAAGUUCAACGCGAUCUUCUCCAACUCGGCGUCCUCGAUUGGUUGUUGCCGAUUUUGGAGGGAAGACUCUCGAGUUACGCCCAAGAAUUCGGUGCGGCUCUCUUGAUGAAUCUUUGCAUGUGCCAAGCCGGUCAACCGACUCUCCUAAAAUAUUUGGAUCCGAUCAUCCAGACGCUCAAAAUUCUCACGAAAAUCCACAACUCGUCGAUGUGUCCUUAUUUGAAUGGUUGUAUUUAUGGAUUGAUGGCGUUGGGGAGGGCGAGGUCGAGAGCACGAGAUGCUGGAUUCGAAUUCGCGUUGCAGAACAAGCUGGAUCGAGCCGAUUGCACUCUCGACGAGUUCCAGUUACCUUUUUUGAUGAGACAAAUUCGCGGAGAAGUCGAAAUGCACCGAAUUCCACUGCCGCCAGUUGACGAGGAGGAUGUGGCUGGUGACAACGUGGAAUCGGACAUCGAUUCAACGGAUUCCCUUCGAGCGAGUGGAUCCGAAAUGAGCGGUGCGCGGUUGUUAAUUGCAAAGGGGAGAAAAGAAGAGACGAAAAUUGAAGAGAUCAACGUUCCCGGCACGGUUCCCCAAAAGCCGCCGAUUACAAGUCGAACGGCAAAAAAAGAAGCCACCGUGAAACGAGCCCGCGGACGGGUGGUCACUUUUGAGCUUUCACGAUCGGAGCCCCGUUUGGCGACCACAGCCUCACAGGCGACUUUCAUCAUCGAACACGAGAAGAGAAAACCCUGUGUGGUCACACUUGGGUUAACUGAGGCAGCUCUUCAAUAUCGACACCAGCAAAAGGAAAAGGAGAAAAUCGAGGUGGAAAAACGGCGAUCGGAAGAAGAGGAACAACGAAAAGUUGAAGAAGAACAAAAAAGAGAAGAGGAAAAGAAAAGAGAGCUCGAAGCCAAAUCAAAAGAUUCACCAAAGGAAAAAGAUUCGAAGAAAAAAGGGGACACGACGAGUCGAGCAACACAUAAACAUCACCAUCAUGAUGGAAAAGAGUGCAAACGCCAUUCGAUUCACCUCGACGACAACAAGGAGAAGAAGAAAAUCGCGGUGAAAAGCGCCCGGAGUGCCUCGAGAAAAGAGGAAAUCAAAGAAGAGAACAAAUCACCGAAAAAAGAUGAAAUUAAGAUCGAAUCCGACCAACAGAAAUCGAGAAAAGUCGAGCAUGCGAAGAAAGAAGAGACCAAAACAAAAAGUGAAUCGACAAAUUCUCCGAAAGAUCUGAAAAAUCUCACCUCGCGAAGCGCUCCUGAAGAGCCGAUUGAAACGGUGAAAGAGAAGAAAAAGCCUUCACCAAUCGUUCUACCGGUCGAUGAAAUUGUGCCCGAAGCGGCGCCAGUCACCGACAAAAUACCAAAGCGGAUCCCGGAAGAUGCUAAUGCUUACGAGUACAUCUCGGUGUUCGGCGCUCGUCCGAAAGUCCCCCGGACGCCUGAAAAGGACAAAAAAGGGCCAACGACUGUGCUUCUCUAU